UAUCGGUUCAGAACUAGUGUAGCAUGUCAAACAUGAAAUCUGGACCGUCCAUAUCAAUCUUAUCUUCCUUUCGGAAGAAGUGAAGUUUCAUUUCCCUCCAUUUUCUCGUUGUCAUGGACUCUCUGCAAAUUCUUAGCCCAAUUCAAACCCUAAUCCCUAAAAUAAGCCCCAAAGUACCACAGAUUCAAUCUUUAUCACAGUAUUUUACUAUUACACAAAAAAUCUCCUCUUCAUUGAUUUCUCCUUCUGUUUUCUCACAGUUUUCUUCGAAUCAGAAUCGUUUUCUACGCCCUGUUAGAAUUUCAGCUUCGGAUGGCCAAUCUAGUGGUGGAACAGGCGUUGCAACAACUGAGUGGGCAAUUCAGGAUUUUUAUACUCUUCGUAAAGAUGUGGAAACCACUCAAAAGCGUGUGGAUGAGAUAAGAGCUUCUGCUGGUCUAGCUCAAUUGGAAGAAGAGCUUUCCCUUUUGGAGAAAGAAGCAGCUAAGAGUUCUUUGUGGGAUGAACCUGCUAAAGCACAACAAACUCUGCUUGCCUUAACAGAUGUCAAAGAUAAAAUUAAGCUGCUUACAGAUUUUGAAUCAAAGGCUCAAGAUGCUGAAAUGGUAAUAAAAUUGACAGAGGAGAUGGAAUCCACAGAUGCUGGGCUUCUUGAAGAGGCAUCUAAACUCAUUUUAGACUUGAAUAAGGCUCUAGAUCGGUAUGAAUUAACGCAGUUGCUUUCCGGGCCAUAUGAUAAAGAAGGAGCUGUAGUAACUAUCACUGCAGGUGCUGGAGGAACUGAUGCUCAGGAUUGGGCUGACAUGCUUCUCAGAAUGUACUUGAGAUGGAGUGAGAAGCAGCGUUACAAGACUAGGGUAGUUGAGAAAUCAAUGGGGGAGGAAGCUGGAAUCAAGUCAGCAACAAUCGAAGUCGAAGGGCGUUUUGCUUAUGGUUACUUGUCUGGGGAGAAAGGAACACAUCGUAUUGUUCGUCAGUCUCCAUUUAAUGCCAAAGGUCUUCGCCAAACCAGCUUUGCAGGUGUAGAAGUGAUGCCACUUCUCCCUGAAGACUCCUUAAAUGUUGAGAUACCAGAUGAAGAUCUAGAAAUAAGCUACACUAGAGCAGGUGGGAAAGGGGGUCAAAAUGUGAACAAAGUAGAAACAGCUGUUCGAGUUGUUCAUAUUCCUACAGGCAUCGCAGUUCGCUGCACAGAAGAAAGAACCCAACUUGCAAAUAAGAUCAAGGCGUUGAGCAGAUUGAAGGCGAAGCUACUGGUGAUAGCUGAGGAGCAACGGGCUUCGGAAAUCAAGCAAAUAAGAGGGGAUGCAGUAAAAGCAGAAUGGGGGCAACAAAUACGUAAUUAUGUAUUUCAUCCCUACAAAUUGGUGAAGGACGUGCGCACAGGGAAUGAGACGUCUGAUAUUUCAUCGAUUAUGGAUGGCGAGUUGGAUCCCUUCAUCAAGGCCUAUCUCAAGUUCAAGUAUAGUAAUAAGGUGGCCAUGGCUUAAGCCUGCAGAUUGUUGAUAUAGAUUACAACUUGUAUGACACCCUUCUUCUCUCUGGUCGAGGCUUAUUACUGUUUCCAAGUAUGGUGGUAUAUGACCAGCGGUUAGCAAUAAAGUGAGAAGGCAUUUUGGUCGUGUAUAUAUCUGUGUAGUUUAUGUUAGUUGACGAUUUUACAAGUUGGAAUCUGAUCAGUAGCCCCUCUCUCUCUC